CCUCCCUUCAUCCGCUCGCACCAGCUGCUGUAGCAGCAUCGCUGUACAUUUCGUUGUGGUGUCGAGCCCAAGCCCUGCAACGAACUGUCUAACGAUGAAUUCUCCUACUAACACGCGCAACGGCAACGCGAGAGCAAUUGACUAUUCCCCGGUCGUCCCUCCGGAGGCGAGUAGGGUGCAAGCAUCCGUCAAGCAGAUCAAGGACGAGAUCGGGAAAAUCCAAAAAUACCAGGACGAUCUCGAGAAACGCCAAAGUACCGAAGGAAAUGUGGCGAAAGCACUGGAGAAGUUUCGCAAGGAUAUCAAGCAGGAAGACGAAGAAAACGAGAAGGCCAUCGAGGCGAUCAAAGCGCUCUUGGAAGAUCCCGAGGGGCUAAGGGCCUCUGUGACGGAGGAGCUCAAGGAAGAAAUCGAAAGGGAGAUGAACGAUAUCAUAGAAGCGAAAUUAGCAGAAGAAGUAAGCAAGAGUCUGGAACAGCAUACGUCAAUGGAAUUGCAAAAUAAGCUCGACCACAUCAUGGAGCAAAUCGUACUUGCUCAACGGGAACUGCACAAUGCAGAGAGUCGACGCGCCAACUGCCUCCUCCGACUCGACCAGCCGCGCGCCGCACUGACCCCCCUAUUCAAGCCGAACGAGGAUCAGGCCUGCCCGAGCUUCCCGAAGAGCCUGUCUGCUCUCUUCGCGCUGGAUGAUGCAGCCAUCCAGAACUUGUGCGUAGAAUACGGGCUCCCCGUGGCCACGGCGCCCCAUGCAAGAGACACCAACAUGAAUGAAUUUCUGAGGUACAUCGGGGUCCAAUAUCAGAUGGAGCCCGUGCCCGGAGGCCCCUCACUUCCAGUGCUCCUUCGUAGGUACGGUUGACGGUGAGAAGAGCAAGACACGCAGCUUGUAGAUGGCCGAAUAACAGGGUUUUCUUGUUCUUCUUGUAUUUUUUGCUGCAUCGCAUGGAUUGGCGUAACUUGUAUAUGGGUUCCACGGGAAUGUGUCCGCCUGUAUGUGUACGUAUGGCGUUAUCGACCAACCGGUGGGUAUUUUCGCUGUGAAAGGGAAGCUCCAGUAGCAGAUAUAACACUACAACACUGUUUGGGAGACGAGAGAAAAACGGAGUGCUCCAGGACAGCGGACCCAUAAUUCUGGGAGGACAGUCAUCAAGUCUCGCAAAGUCAUUCAAGGUGAUAGAGAGAACGACUAGCCAGACCCUGACGGUCUAUGCCCGACACUCCAAGCGAUUCGGAACUUCGACCACGCAGACCUGGACCUGGACCGUCCCCUCUCUUCACCCUCAUCUUCAGCCUUCUCCUUGCCCUUCCCUGUGUCUCUAUCCGGCGUGACAGUUAGGAAGUUGACAAUGACUGUCCACAGAUUGUUCCCGCUCAUCGACCUCUCCUCGGGCAGCACGCUCUGAUCUGCAAUCUUGGCUAACUGUCUUGCCUCCUCCGUGUCCCUCCUCGACACAAUACUACUUGGCGGCGGAUGCUCGUCUCCGUCCAGAGCCCACGCCCAGCUCCAGCUCCCGGAUGCAGCCAUGAGACCUUCUUUGAUACCCUUCCUCUCUACACUCUUGCUCUUGUGUUUACUCGGUGAUCUCCCGGACUUCCCAUUGACCUCUAGGUCCUCCUCCUCUUGGCCGAAGUACAUCUGGAUUUGUGUGAGAUUCCUGAGAGUAUCUUUCUUCGCCCGUUCAAGGUUGCGCCGCCGGUGCUUGGCAAUAGUCUUCUUCGUAUGACCGAACUUCUCGUCGAAAUAGCGCCAGCCGUCAAGGUACCUGCGAGCAGCGAGCUCGUUGAUGUUACCAAUGACUUCAAGGGGUACCUGUAAUGCCGGAAGGUCUUGCUCCGGCUCUAGAGGUCGGAUCACACCUUGCGUUGAGACACGCUCGCGAAUCAUAUUGUUCUCCCACGAGAGAGUAGAAUCCAGAUAUACUGACGGAUCACCUGCGGUCCUGACGUUGGCGGUCCUCAUACUGCGAUCCGACGCUGUCCUGUCCCAGAAGCGCGGGCCUGCAACAUCAGCGGAUCCGUUAUGCUUUCUGUCAUCGGGCGGUGCGGACUUGGGGACAUCCACCAGGCUCCCAUCUUCGUUAAUAUGCUGCGCCCCGAGCGUAGGUCUCUUUCGCAUCACGCUGGUUGCGCGAGCA